AUGCGCCGUCGAGACAGCGAGUUGCUCGCUCGCGCGCGGCCUUCGCGUCUCAGUUACAGCUACAGCCAAUGCACCAGUCGCAGUCGCAGCGGCAGCCUCGAGAGCGACUUGCGGGGCGUCUUCAGUGACAUUGGCGACAGUUCCGAGCUUUUGGAUGCAGAGACGGAGACGGAGCUCCUGCAGCAAGAGGACACUGGACAGCGUGAGACCGUGCGCGUGACCGUUCGGUUCCGUCCUUUGCUGUCAAAGGAGAAGAGCAGUCGACGACCUGCUUGGACUGUCGAUGCAGAGAAAGGGACAGUUGGAGCAGCAGCGUUCAGCUCAGGACCAGCUUCUAGACGGACGGAGCUCUACUCGUUUGACGAAGUCUAUGACGGUUGCCACUCGACACAGACCAUUUACGAUGGACUUGCGAGAUCGAUUGCGCGUUCAGCUUUGGACGGUAUUCAUGGCACGAUCUUUGCCUAUGGCCAGACAAGCAGUGGCAAGACGUAUACGAUGCAGGGUGCAGGAUUGAGAAGCAGGCGAAUGACGAUGAGACAGGAGCAGAAAGUCGAGACAGAAGAAGAUCGGCGACCGGACGACGGGGACGGACUUGUUCAGCUGGCGGUGAAGGAUCUGUUUGAUGAGAUGGCGAGGCGAGUGGAUGCUGAGUACUUAAUCCGCGUCUCGUACUUGGAAGUGUACAAUGAGACGGUCAAGGAUUUGUUGGCCAGUAGUUUAGCAACAACGGGGAAGCGGAGGAACUCGACUGUGCACAUUCGUGAACACCCUGUGACUGGAGUAUUUACAGACAACUCGGAACGAGUGGUGACAACCGCACGGGAAGUUUUGCAAGUUCUGCGUGAUGGCGAGAAGCAGAGAGCAGUGGAAGCUACGCGUAUGAACGAGCGUAGUAGUCGAUCGCACUCAAUUUUCAGAGUGGUCAUUGAGACGAAAACGCGUCUCGAGUCAUCCAUUUCGACUGAUGGUCGGGCGGAUGAGGAUGACGAGGCUGGUGUGGAGAUCGUGCGCGUAGGUUGUCUAAAUUUCGUGGAUUUGGCUGGCUCUGAAAGUGCUCGAGCCGUGAGUUCUGGUGGCAAAAAGCUCACGACAGAGAGUGGCAACAUUAACAGAAGUUUGUUGGCGCUCUCGAGGGUUGUCGUGGCGCUCAGUAGCAGCAAGUCGAUGUCUCAGCAGGAUCAUGUCAAUUUCCGGGACAGCAAACUCACACGUAUUUUACAGCCUUCACUUAGUGGUGCUGCACGCGUCCUGUUUGUUUGCUGCGCAUCUCCUUCACCUGCUUACAUCGAGGACACUCGCAGUACGCUAAAAUUUGCUAGCCGUGCCAAGCGAAUUAAAGUGAACGCAUCAGUCAACGAAGUCGUGGACCAACGUGCUCGUGCGCUGAUGGAGCUUUCUCGUGAGAACCAGCUCUUGCGUCGACAGCUGGAGACGUUUGCUUCCGCAAGUCGUGAUGAAAUGGAUGCAAUGGAAGAAUAUAUCGUUCGUCAGCGCACGCGUAUUGCCUCCCUGGAAGCUGCUGCAGCAGCUACGACGCGGCUUUCUUUAUUCGUGAAGGAAGCACCUUUGGACUAUGUUCAGAAGGACCGAUGUGAGCGGCAGCUAGAAUCUACUGGACUCGAAGGAGCAAAUACUUUGAAUGCCUUGGACAGUCAGGUUUUGGAAAUGGACUUAUCUGACGGAGAGGACACCUAUGUUGAUAGUCAAUUCGGCUCGCUAACAGAGUCACCACUUUUGGUGGCGGAUGCGGCAUGUGUGACGUGCGAAUCUCUCGAUGUUGCCUUGGAGAAUGCUAAGACACGCGAAUUGGAAUUUUAUAUGCGUAUUGAGCAGCUUGAGGCGUAUAUUAAUAAGUUGGAGCAUCGAGAGAACGACAACAGCAGCAGUUCUGCAACUAGUGAAGGCUCAGAUGACGGAGAAAAGUUUGUCUUAGAUGUUGAAGAUGACGAAACGGACGAGAUUACGUCGAUAGCCGGCAGAAAGGAGGGUGGCGUGAGCAGCAUUGGUCAUGCGAACAGUCUUUGUUUGGCAAGUGCAGCUCUAUUGGAUGUGGUGGUGGACGCUUUGAAGAACCGUAGUCCGGGUGAAGCAUUGUCGAUCGUGGUCAUCGUUUGUACGUGUAUAGCCAUCGGGUUGGCUAGUGCUACGUGGAACAUUGCGGCAGGAUUCCUCUGA